AUGGCCAAAAAUGCGAGCGUUCCGUAUAAACAAUUUGUAGAAUCAGGUAAUCAGCUUGUAGUGGAUGAUAAACGCAAUGCCGUAAACAUAUACUGUUCACGACCAUCCUGCCAUUCUUUAAUAAUGCGUGCAAAGGCUGGACAGUUGGUUGAACGACCUAAAUCAAAGCUAAACAUAACCGACAACGAUAUAUUGGCGAUAAAUGACACCAGUGCGGAAGUCGAGGAAAUGCAGCAAUACUGGCAGCUGCCAAACAUGAUGGCUUUUGAAAAUAUUGGGUUUUCGAACACGGUUGCAACUGGGAUAAAGUUCUUAGCUUGCGCCGACUGUGAUACUGGGCCUCUCGGAUAUCAUGAUACCAUAAACGAAACAGAAUGUUACGUUGCUGUGGAUCGGGUUGAAUAUGCGACGGGCACAUGA